UCUCUGUGUGAAAGGGUGUGGCCUGACGCCUGCACCACUCAGCAUGGACCCAAAGAAGAAGACUGUGUGGGAGAACCUGCGUGAGAAGACCAAGACCCAGUUCAACAACUUAAAGAAGAAGAAGACCCCGGGGAAACUGGACAAGAAGAAGCCCCUGCAAUACAGGCGCAGUAUGUCAGUGCCGGACCUGAGGUUUAUUCAGGCUGAACCGUCUCCCGCAGACAGUACCUUCUCCACAGCCUCAGAUGCCAUCUUCUUUGGCAGCUCCUCAGGCUCCAGUGAUAACGCCUCUAUUAACUCAGUCCCUCUAUCCACAGACAGGCUGACUGCAACUGAUGCAGGCCCCUCAGGUAGAAAGACUGUGUAUGAUUCGGCCUUCAUAGAUAACAUGAAGGUAUCUGGAUCUAGAAUGAGUGCACCUGUGGAGACACAAACUCUUUAUGAAGAAUCAGAAGAGGAGGACAUGGCGACCUUUAUGGGCAGAAUCCACAUGCCAUCAGACAAAUGUAACACACCUGCAGAGAGAUCUGCCUCUUCUGUUUCUUCUUCUUCAGCAGACAGAGUAAAAACAACAGUGGACAGAGGGAACCCACCUACCCAGAGAUCAAAUGCUCCACAUAUACCUAUGCCCACACCAAGAUUGACUUCUUCAGUGGAGAGAAUUAAUGUUUCUACAGAAAAAUUGUUAUUCUCUAAAGACAGAGUGGUCACUUUUAGGGAACGAGUGAGUGCAUCUGCUGAAAGAUCUGCUUCUUCUGUCUCAGACCAAACAAACCUGGUUACAGAGAGACUGGCUGCUUCCAGGGAGCGAGGGAAACAACCAGCAGAAGUGAGAUGGUCUGUUCCUUCAAAUCCACUGGACAGACUGAACAUCCCUCCAGAUAGAUGGUCUCUGCCAGUGGACAGGGCAGACAGGAUGGGUUCCCCGAAUAGGAUGGGCACCCCUGCGGACAGUGGGGACAGUUCUGUGUGUGGAACCCCGUUCGAGGAACAAGCCUACUCGUUCUGGCCCACUGACUCUGAGGACCUGGAUAUGAGGGAGCCCUCCCUCUCCACAAACAUCAGAGACAUCUUAUGCAGGGAGCCCCAGGAAGACAUUGAGGUCAGAUACCACACUAACAUUGUACUUUACAAUACCCUCCACAUAUAUACACUAUCGGUCAAUCUAUGUAAAGGUAGGUUAAGUAAUUAAAUAUAAACUGAAAUCAAAUUGCCCCAUAAAAACAAAAAUAUAAAUGCAACAUGCAACAAUGUCAAAUAUUUUACUGAGUUACAGUUGAUAUAAUGAAAUUAGUCAAUUGAAAUAAAUUCAGUAGGCCCUAAUCAAUGGAUUUCACAUGACUGGGAAUACAGUUUAUGCAUCUGUAGGUCACAGAUACCUUUAAAAAAAAGGUAGGGGCGUGGAUCAGAAAACCAGUCAGUAUCUGGUCACCAUUUGCCUCAUGCAUCGUGACACAUCUCCUUCGCAUAGAGUUGAUCAGGCUGUUGAUUGUGUCCUGUGGAAUGUUGUUCUACUCCUCUUCAAUGGCUGUGUGAAGUUGCUGGAUAUUGGCAGGAACUGGAACAUGCUGUCGUACACGUCGAUCCAGAGCAUCCCAAACAUGCUCAAUGGGUGACAUGUCUGGUGAGUAUCCAGGCCAUGGAAGAACUGGGACAUUAUCAGCUUCCAGGUAUUGUGUACAGAUCCUUGCGACAUGGGGACGUGCAUUAUUAUGCUGAAACAUGAGGUGAUGGCGGCGGAUGAAUGGCACGACAAUGGGCCUCAGGAUCUCGUCACAGUAUCUCUGUGCAUUAAAAUUGCCAUUGAUAAAAUGCAAUUGUGUUUGUUGUCUGUGGCUUAUACCUGCCCAUACCAUAACCCCACCGCCACCAUGGGGCGCUCUGUUAACAACGUUGACAUCAGCAAACUGCUCGCCCACAUGACGCCAUACACGUGGUCUGCGGUUGUGAGGCCGGUUGGAUGUGCCAAAUUCUAUAAAACGACGUUGGAGGCGGCUUAUGGUAGAGAAAUUAACAUUAAAUUAUCUGGCAACAGCUCUGGUGGACAUGCCAAUUGCACGCUCCCUCAAAACUUGAGACAUCUGUGGCAUUGUGUUGAGUGACAAAACUUCACAUUUUAGUGUGGCCUUUUAUUGUCCCCAGCACAAAGUGCACCUGUGUAAUGAUCAUGCUGUUUAAUCAACUUCUUGAUAUACCACACCUGUCAGGUGGAUGGAUUAUCUUGGCAAUGGAGAUGCUCACUAACAGGGAUGUAAAUAAAUCUGUGCACACAUUUGAGAGAAAUAAGCUUGGAAAGUUUAUGGGAUCUUUUAUUUCAGCUCAUGAAACAUGGGACCAACACUUUACAUGUUGCGUUUAUAUUUUUGUUCAGUGUAUAUUCAAUCAAUAAAACACAUGUGCCAGUUGAGAAUCAUUCAUCGAAACUGUAAUGAGCUGUGUUACCUGCUUGCCUCUGGCGGGGUCACAGCGGCGCUUUGCAGUGGCAAAGGAUGUACUGCGAGAUUGUUGCUUCUUGUCCCCCUCUGAGAAUGUUUCUUUGUGCAUGAUAAGCAUAUGAUUUCUCGUGGAUAGGGCUAUGUGUUUAGGUUAAUCAUGUCAAAUGAUCUGGAUUUGAACCUUUAUUUUAAGCCAUUUCCAGAAAUAGGAAUUAGACCCAAAAUGAAUUGUCUGAUAAUGGUGCUGGACCAUCUGACAUAAAAAGAAAAUGGGACAGUUUGAUGAAAAGCUUUAAAUAAAGGUUAAAAUCGAGGUCAUGCAACAUGAUUAACCAAAACACAGGGCCCUACUCAUGGAGCUAGUUGUGCUGUGAUAGGAGAGCUUGAGCUGGCCCAACUCUCUUAACCGUUAGGCUACCUGCCACCCUGUUUUUCAUUUUGACCAGAGUUAAGAAAUUAAUAAGACAAAUAGUUUUACAGUAUUAUAUAUUUUUUAAAUCUCUGGUUAAAGAUCGAGUUUUGACGUCCGUUCGAGUACUCGAUUAAAACACUGUAUAGCAUAAAAACAUGGUUAGAAUUAUAAUUUUUAUAUUAUGGAUGGUCAGUCCUUGUAUCCAUAGAGAGUGGUUACAAAACAGAGGCGGGUGGCCUCUUUGUUAUUGUUUCAAUUAAAGAUUCUAGCUUUAAGACAAUGCUUCAGUGGUUCUUUGUCAGAAAUCUCGUUGCAGAUAGCAAUUCGUAUACUCAUAUAAUGUAUAAGCUGAGCAGAAUAAACAUUAUUUUAGUAGCUCUUGUGCAGACCUGAAGCCACUUCCAUUGUAUUAAAUGUAGAUCUGUCUUAUUACAAGGCCAGACAUUGUUGAGGCCACACACCUGCCUUACUGGUUGCCGGUACAAUUAUAGUACCUGAGGUCAACAGUGGUCAACAACGUGACUGAACAUGAUAACAUCUAACUUUGUUCCAUACUUUGUAGAUGUCUUUUUGAUAAGCUUACAUUUUUUUCUCCCAUAGUUACCCAAUGAGCACAAUGAUUUCAAUGCCCAGCCCUUGCAGGGUCAAUCAGGCAACAAUGUGAGUACUGGACUUCCAGACCUUGUCAACAAUAAUGGACAACACUAAGGCUGUAGACUAUAAAGCAUCAUAUUAAUGUGAUUCCUUUCCUUGACAGGCUAUGGCAGCAGGGGGCCCACCUGGUCCUAUCCAGAAGUACCUCCUCACCGUCAACCUGAAGGAGGGCAGGAACCUGGUCAUCAGAGACCGCAAUGGUAAGUGGAUGGAAAGAACCUGCUACUUCUGGAGGUCUACAUAUGGAUGAAUGUAAUGUCUGAGGCAUGCUGGGUAUAUUGAUAGAUACAUACUUUCAACUUGAGAAGGAGUGUCUUAUGCUGUGAGUAGGAUGAUGACAAAGCAAUUCAUCAUAUUUACUUUGUUGAUCUUUAUCUUGAACAUUUCAUCAAGAAAGUAUUUUUAGUUGAAGCACAUUACAAAGGGCCCAUAACUGUGUGGAAUGUAUCUUUGACAGUGAUUCCAGUUAGACCAGACUCUGUCGCCAAAACACACCCAGGAGCCUUCCUUUAAGGAAGCAAACCCUGCCCAACUCCAUAUGAGCAGUUACACUACAGAAAAGCUUACAUGGGGUUGGUAUAUCUUAGAUAUAUUUCUGUGACUUUGAAAAAUAUGGAUAACUCGUAUAGUGCAAAAGUGUGUUUUGCCAGCCAGGCUCCACCACAGUAUUCUCAGUGGUGUGCUGAAUAGAUUGCGAUGCACUCUGGCUGUUUCUUUGUAAACAACAUGUGUGGAGAAACAAAUUAUGUGGUGUGGUUUUCAUAACCAAUGCAAAUUUAGAGGCUAUAAUUGUUUAGUCAGUUGGAGAGUUCAUGCAAUGUUUCACUGUUACUGUUAAAUAACAUUUUCCUGCCACAAAUAACAAGCUGCCACCUGCUGGAGGUUUCCUAAAAUACAUCCUAAGAAAUGUGGUAUUUUCUACUGUAAUUCAUAGUGUUCUGAACACGUGAAAGGAAAUCCCUGAUCUUACAUCACAAUGGUUGGAAAUGUUUAUGUUUACUUAUGUCAUACUUAUUAUUUUGGUCUGUAUAGGACAGUAGAUGUUGAUUUGUUGGGAUGUCAUAUACACUGGUUAUACAAAACAUUAGGAACACCUGCUCUUUCCAUGACAUAGAGACAUAGUGACCAGGUGAAUCCAGGUGAAAGCUAUGAUCCCUUAUUGAUGUCACUUGUUAAAUCCACUUCAAUCAGUGUAGCCAACUUGAGAAGCACUGGAGUCAACAUGGGCCAGCAUCCCUGUGGAACGCUUUUGACACCUUGUAGAGUCCAUGCCCCAACGAACUGAGGCUGUUCUGAGGGCAAAAGGGGGUGCAACUCAAUAUUAGGAAGGUAUUUUGUACACUCAGUUUAUGGCAUUCCGUUAUAUACUGCAGAUAAGAUACACAGGGCUUGUGGAAUACUACUGACUGUUUGGGGUCUGUAUGCCCAAAAUGAUUGAUUGUUAUAUUUAAUAUUUGCUGGAUAUGAAUUAUCUAGUCUCACCAAAAUACAACUAAAAUGUUUCUCAAAUGCAUACCUAAAUUUUUCAUUUCCUCAGUCAUCUGCCCAUUCUCAUUGUGGGCUUGUAGGAAUGCAAUGCAAUUAGUUUGGGAAGCAGUGACCUCACCUGUCCAUAGACUGAAUUGCUGUUUGAAAGAAACAACAUGGCCUUUAUGAAUUUUCCUCUGCGAUUGAAAACCAAACAUCUCUGGAACAUUUUGUUUAUUUUAUGAACAUAUCAGUUGGAGGUUUUUGGCUGAAUUUCAAUCAAACAUUUUUAAAACUGCAAUCUUAAAUUCCACCUCUUUGCCUGACUGACCGCUGCUGCCAUAUGUAGGCUAUAUUAUUUUCUCUAUGUAACCCUCAGCUUGUGCUAAGGUUUCUUAUGUGACUGUCGCCGUGGCUUCACUAACCUUGUCGUCUCGGGCCACAGCUCCCUGCUAGUUGAGAACUUACUUUUCCUGACAGGAUGUCACAAUGAUGAUGAUGCAAUCCCCAUACGCCCCCUGCCUCUCCACUGUUUGCCCAACAAUCAACACGAUGCCAGAGAUCCACCAACACCAUCCACUGUCAUUACAUAUUCUGAAAGGACCCUCACCACCAGCCACCAGCCACCAGCCACCAGCCCCCACCUCUCUUUUUUGUUCUCCCCUUUUUUCGCGGUUAAUUUCAAUGGUCACCGUUCUGUCACACCAGAGCUUUUCUCCUCACUGGCUGCCACAUUCUCCUCCUGUCAAGUUGCCUGGAGGUUUUCCUGUCAGACUGGCAGGGCGGAGCUGCUGUGGGUCCUGCCUGCUUUUGGGAGAUGUUCAUUUGGAGUCGGAAGCUGACAGGUCUGACAGCCCAUCCCCACAGGGCCUUUGUCAUGGGAUUCAAGCCUCCCUGCAGGUUCUCUCAAGCACCCUUUUAUUCCACCAUACAAAUAAAGGCAUGGGACUGGCUUUCAUUUUUCAGCCAAUCUUCAUACCAUGGCUGAGACAAAGACGCCCCGUCCCCCCACGCCACCACCAGGCCGACUUUCUUAACAGGCUUGGGAGAUUAACACCGGUUGCUCCUGGUUUCUGGACUUUAUUUGCUGGUUGCCUCAUGCUGCCGAGAGUUUCUUCUUUCACAAUUAAACAGAUACAUCCCUCUGUUUUCUUAAAUAAAUGUGGGGUGUACCUCCUCCCUGCAUAUCUCAGUCUCUCACACAGCUCUUUGAUAUACAGUUGAAGUCGGAAGUUUACAUACACCUUAGCCAAAUACAUUUAAACUCAGUUUUUCACAAUUCCUGACAUUUAAUCCUAGUAAACAUUCCCUGUCUUAAGUCAGUUAGAAUCACCACUUUAUUUUAAGAAUGUGAAAUGUCAGAAUAAUAGUAGAGAGAAUUAUUUCUUUCAGCUUUUAUUUCUUUCAUCACAUUCCCAGUGGGUCAGAAGUUUACAUACACUCAAUUAGUAUUUGGUAGCAUUGCCUUUCAAUUGUUUAACUUGGAUCAAACGUUUCGGGUAGCCUUCCACAAGCUUCCCACAAUAAGUUGGGUGAAUGUUGGCCCAUUCCUCCUGACAGGUUUGUAGGCCUCCUUGCUCAAACACGCUUUUUCAGUUCUGCCCACAAAUGUUCUAUAGGAUUGAGGUCAGGACUUUGUGAUGGCCACUCCAAUACCUUGACUUUGUUGUCCUUAAGCCAUUUUGCCACAACUUUGGAAGUAUGCUUGGGGUCAUUGUCCAUUUGGAAGACACAUUUGCGACCAAGCUUUAACUUCCUGACUGAUGUCUUGAGAUGUUGCUUCAAUAUAUCCACAUAAUUUUCCUUCCUCAUGAUGCCAUCUAUUUUGUGAAGUGCACUAGUCCCUCCUGCAGCAAAGCACCCCCACAGCAUGAUGCUGCCACCCACGUGCUUCACGGUUGGGAUGGUGUUCUUCGGCUUGCAAGCAGCCCCCUUUUUCCUCCAAACAUAACGAUGGUCAUUAUGGCCAAACAGUUCUAUUUUUGUUUCAUCAGACCAGAGGACAUUUCUCCAAAAAGUACGAUCUUUGUCCCCAUGUGCAGUUGCAAACCGUAGUCUGGCAUUUUUAUGGCGGUUUUGGAGCAGUGGCUUCUUCCUUGCUGAGCGGCCUUUCAGGUUAUGUCGAUAUAGGACUUGUUUUACUGUGGAUAUAGAUACUAUUGUACCUGUUUCCUCCAGCAUCUUCACAAGGUCCUUUGCUGUUGUUCUGGGAUUGAUUUAAACUUUUCGCAUCAAAGUACGCUCAUCUCUAGGAGACAGAACGCGUCUCCUUCCUGAGCGGUAUGACGGCUGCGUGGUCCCAUGUGUUUAUACUUGCGUACUAUUGUUUGUACAGAUGAAUGUGGUACCUUCAGGCGUUUGGAAAUUGCUCCCAAGGAUGAACCAGACUUGUGGAGGUCUAUAAUAAUUUUUCUGAGGUCUUUGUUAAUUUGUUUGAUUUUCCCAUGAUGUCAAGCAAAGAGGCACUGAGUUUGAAGGUAGGCCUUGAAAUACAUCCACAGGUACACCUCCAAUUGACUCAAAUUAUGUCAAUUAGCCUAUCAGAAGCUUCUAAAGCCAUGACAUCAUUUUCUGGAAUUUUCCAAGCUGUUUAAAGGCACAGUCAAUUUAGUGUAUGUAAAACCACUGGAACUGUGAUACAGUGAAUUGUAAGUGAAAUAAUCUGUCUGUAAACAAUUGUUGGAAAAUGAACUUGUGUCAUGCACAAAGUAGAUGUCCUAACCGACUUGCCAAAACUAUAGUUUGUUAAAAAGGAAUUUGUGGAGUGGUUGAAAAACGAGUUUUAAUGACUCCAACCUAAGUGUAUGUAAACUUCCGACUUCAACUGUAUCUAGCUGGGGAGGAAGGUGUGUGUGUCUGUGUGUUCUAAAUUGUGUGGAUCUGACUUGUUUCUUGUGUCAUAUAUUUUUUUUAUACAAUUGUUAUGACACCCAUUUGCAAGUAGGAUUUUGCCUAAUAUCAUGACUGAUUGUGUUGAUAAUCUGAUAAUGCUUUUAUUUUCUGAACCUUCCGUUUUGUUUUUGAAACUCUAGGUAAAAGUGAUCCUUAUGUCAAGUUCAAACUGGAAGGGAAGACAAUUUACAAAAGCAAAGUUGUGUAUAAGAACCUGAAUCCAAAAUGGAGCGAGUCCUUCUCCUUCCCCCUGCAGGAUCGAGAGCAGGUUGUUGACGUGAGGGUGAGUAUCACGUUGAUCAGUUUUUUUUACUUAGGUUGUCUAAGUAACACCUACACAUGAACGACAAUGUACUUAUAUUGUCAUAAAAGUGACAGAUUGACACUCUGAUCAUGUCAUAGCUAUGGCCUGCAUAGGAUAUAAAACUGGCAUGCAAUAUUAGUUAAUUGUUCCAAACCUGAUUGACAUACAGUAACUGUUUUUAUAUUGAGUAUGGUGUUUAUAAUUGUUGCAGGUCUAUGAUAAGGACCUAACCACUGAUGACUUCAUGGGUUCCAGCACGAUUGUCAUCAGAAACCUUGAAUUAGACAAGUGAGUAAUACACAUGAAGCUACUAAUCACUCAGCCUGUGUAUUAUCUAGUAAACUGCAGUACUUCUUGUCUCUGUCUCUCUCUCUGUCCAGGACCGGUGAGAUGGUGUUGAGUCUGGAGGACCCCAACAGUCUGGAGGAUGACAUGGGGGUCAUCGUCAUGGACACAUGCCUCACUUUUAGAGACGCUACUAUCAAAAGACGUGUAAGCCUCAUUUGAUUGGAGUCUCUAUAGAAUGUUACAUCUCUAAUUUUCAAUGUCAAUAUUUUCAAUAUUUUAAAAUGUUCCUGAAUUUUUUUCUCCUUUACAGAAAUGGCACCAGAAAAAGAGGGUAGGAUUUUGAAAUGUCUAUUUUGUACUGGUCUACUUUCUACUUGCAUAAUUUUGUGGUGUAAAUCUAAUUCUAAAAUGUGUUCAAUGUCAGUAUCUGCCAAUGUCUAUUGCUAGAAUAGACAUACAAUACUAGACCUACUAACAGUAUAGCCUUUACUUUAGUCAGAGAAAUCCAAAUAUGGCUGAUAUUGUGCCUGAUAUCCAGCAGCAGGGGGCAGUAGAUCACUGUAUUAUAUAUGAUGAUCAUAACAAUGAGCGAAGUAUAGUCCCAGGAUCUUUGUUUUUGUGCAUGCAUUUUCAACCUUAAAUAAUGUAUUUCGUAAACAUGGUUUCAUAGUUAACUUCCUUGUCACAGUGCCAAUGACAAGUUGCAUUUUCUAUUUGGAAUUGUGUAGAGUCAAGUGUCAGACUAAACAAUGCAUUACAAGUGAUCUAAACAUGUUAACAUCAUAUCUACAUGUUGACUAAGCACAGUUUGGAGUAGAGCCCUUAAUACAGCUCUCUCUUUUGAAGCAUUGUGAUUAAGGCUGAAAUUGGAUGCAGUUAGUGUUGUUGUGUUUUGGACUGGUGCUCUUCUCAUUAUGGUGCUUGUGGGUUUAUUCUCACACCUAUUCAGUCACUACAUCUGCCACUGUUUAAUCUCUCUCUAAAUCUGAGUUUGAUGUUAAAUAGGUAAGAAAUAAAACACAAUUCACAUACCCAUUGUAUGCUCUGCAGAUGGAUAAAUGGACAGACAGAAAGAAAAUGUGGAAAUGUUCAUAAAAUCAUGGGGCAAAUUUACACUCUCAUUUUGCAGAGGCAGAUGACAGUGCCAAUACAUUUUGGUUGCCGCAUGACAAUGUUAAUGUGAUGUUUGAAUUCAUAUUUUUGACAAAUAUGAUUUCUCUAAAAUACUGUUCCAUUUGACACCUAUCCUGGUGGCCGGGACUGAGCGCUAAGCUCCUAGUCAUUCUUCAUCUCCCAGUGCUAUUCCUCACUCCUGUUCACUCUCAACACAACUACCACAGAGACAGUGAAUGGCAACUGCCCCAGUAAAACUCUGUUUCUGUGCUUUGCGUGAUAGUGUUUCUGUCUGGAGGAGGCCGUAUGGGAGAGAGGGGGGGCUGGCUCUGCUGUUCGAGGCACAUUGCCAGUGUGGGAUGCCGAAGAUUCGCGAGGUUGAUAAUUCCCAGGCAUAGCGGGCAAUAACCCAGAUGUUAGGAUGUAAUAUCACAGCUGUGGAUGGACAGAGCCGAGGUACCAGCCAAAUGGACCUAGGUUUGAGCUCAUCCUGGUCGUCCCCAUGCUGUCCCACCAUAUGGAAGCAAUCGCAGACCCCUUUUAGGACCAGGAAUAGACUCUCUUUAGGGGCCACUUACAGUUAAGUGGAAUUGUUUUAUUGGCCGCUGAGAUAGAACUGUGUCCAAGAUAAACACUUGGAAUGACUUGGCCGGGCCCUGCUUUAUGUCGCUCCUCCACUCCUCUGUGUUCCUUCCUCUGUAGCGAGGAGAGGAGGGGUAUUUAUUGGGCCGAGCAGCGCUGUGCCGUGGUAUUCCAUGUUAAUGCAGGUCCCUGAGACCAAUGUACAGGCUUUGAUCCCCAGCGGCCUGGUCCCAGGGCUGCGGUGUGGGUGGAGACCCUGGAGAGAAGGGGAGAGGAGAUGGGAGGGACGGGGUGACAGGGGAGCCGUUUGAAGCUGUGCCGGCCAGGGCAGCAGAGGGAGACAGAGUAUCAAAGAGGCCAGAGCAGAUUACAGCCCUGCUCUUUAAUUAGUCAGCCCACACAACCUCUCUCUCUCUCUCUGCUGUUUGUUUUGAAAGAGACAGCCUAUCACUGCACAGGCUCAAGGGAACUUUAACACAUGGACACGUAUCAAGGCCUGUUUCUCCCCCUCUGUCUCCCGCUGUGCCACGGCAGGACUGUUGGAUCAUUUGGGAGGGGCUGUCCUUGAUGUCUCAGUGUUCUGACAUCCUGGAUAUCUUGUUCCUUUCACACCCUAAUAGCUGAUUUUAGAGAUUUGAUUGGACAAUUGAGAUAAGAGAUAUCACUGAAGACAGUCGACAUUUCGGUUUGGGAUUUAGUGAAGAAUAGUCCAGUGUGUAUGCUGUAUAAAUCACUCCCAGGCUGUAUGUACAUCCAUGCAUAAUUUGCUGAUGAGAGGGUUGUGUGGUUGGAUUGCAUCAUUACUCACUGCUGCCUGCUGUCUCCUGUGCAGUAUGCCAAGUGUCCUGCCUCCCCCCACUCUGUCUCUGGGUCUGUGAUGAGUGGGACUGUCACAGCCAGGGACAUCUGGCUGCUCUGCUCUGCUCACUGACGUUCCCUCUCUUCAGGAACCUCUCCUCUCCUCGCUGGUGUGGCUCUGCUGCUGUCACUGGAGAUGGGCUAAUGUGCACAAACAGAGAGAGGGUCUGGAACCUAGCGGAGUCCUACAGUACUUUCAUGCAGUCCAUAGAUGUAAUGAGGUGCCAGACUUGAGGGGCAGG